AUGGCGGUCGUACUUAGAUCGACAUCUGACCUCGUCUAUCUGCCCGAUCACGGCUUUGUCGGGGAAGAAGGCGCUCUUCGUAUUCUCGCAAAGGUUAAUCGUCAGAUCCGCCGGCUCGAUGUCUCACACAACCUCCUCGGCUCCGAGGGCACUCUUGUCCUCAUGCAAGGGCUCAAUUCUCUUCGCCAUCAAUACUCGACCUCGGACCUCGGCUUAUGGGGUCUGACGGAGAUCAAUCUGGGGCACAAUGGGAUCACGGAUUCGGUGGUGGAUGUGAUCCUGGGGUAUGCCAAGAAGGAUGUAAUGAUGCGAAAAGUGCAGCUCCAGGGGAAUCGGAUCGAGCUCCGGGAAAACCUCGACUCUAUCCUGUACUGCCUCAACGCGUCUCAGCUAGAGUCACUGUCCCUUACCGACAAUAGGCGGCUCCUCGACAAAUCCAUCAUCCGGCUCUUCGACUCCCUCUCCACCCCUCACCUCAACGAGCUCCAUCUGUCCAUCUGCAACCUAGGUCCAGAGAUCUCUCCGUCCAUCAUCAGCUACCUUACCUCGCCACGCUCGCGCUACCUGGAGCUGCUCGGUCUCAACGGUAAUCGGCUCGGCCUCGAGGCGGUACGCAACCUCAUCAAUACCCUAGAACGAGGCAAUUUCACGAUCCUCAAUCUCGGCCUAUUCGCUAGCAGCUCGGCGUCGGAUGCAGCGCAUCAUGAGGAGGAAGACGGGGUGGAAGCCGUGCAGCCCAGGGAGAAGCGGAGGGAGGAGCGGCAACUCGGACAAGAGACAGCGCGUAUCCCCCGGCUGCUCGAGCGGAAUCGCCUUCUGACUCAGCGGGUCGAGGCGGCUGCUCUCCGGUGUCUACCCUGCGCGCGGAUACUACUCAACGCAAAGUCGCCUUCGGAUAUCGACACCGCUCAGCGAGCCAUUGAAUCCAUAUCGCUCAAAACACAUACCCCCUAUUUCCGGCUCCUUGACCUACCCCCCGAGGUCAUCUAUCUCAUCGUCAGGCAUACCAGCGGGGAUGCAGCGGCAUUAUCAGACGCGCAAUUCACUCGGUUACGGAAGGACGCCGAAGGGAAUGAGGGGCUCGCCAGGGCAAUACGUCGCAGGCGGAGCAAGGCGGAGGCGUGGAAGGUCGACCGGACGGGUCUGGGGAUGGCGGAGAUGCAGCUGCGGGACGACUGGCUGUACUGGGGCAAAUGGGAUAGGUGGGAGUGUGAUGUGCUGGCGCAGCCGGGGCCGGCGGUAGACAGCGAAGAAUGA